AUGCUCUCCUUCGGGCCCCCCUACUACGGCCGCCCGCCGACGCCCUUGCCUCCCUCACCCAGCCUGACCUCGCUGCUCCGACCCUCGCGGCCGACGACCCCAGACGCGAGCGACGACGAGGGCCUCAACAGCGCCGAGCCCGUACCCCGCGCGAGCCCAAAGGUGCCGACCUACGAAUACUACGGCUUCGUGCUCUACCUGUUCUCGUCGUGCUGCUUCCUCAUGUACCUGCUCUGGUCCUACCUGCCGUCCCCCUUCCUGCACGCGCUGGGCGUGCACUACUACCCAGACCGGUGGUGGAGCCUCGCGGUCCCUUCGUUCCUCGUCGUGCUGCUGGCGUACAUCUAUGUCGCGCUGGCGCUGUACAACACAGAGUACCUGACGCUGCCGCUGCACAGCCUCGAGACGAUUGUGGACGAGGCGGGCAAGAUUGCGGUGGUCGACGGGCGGGGCCGGAUCCGGGAGCGAGAGGAUGCGAGGGGGGCGAGGGGGGUUGGUGGUGGUGGCGGUGGUGGUGGUCGUCAUCACCUGCGCAAGGGGAGCGGAAACGGGUUUGCCUUGCGGGAGAGGGAAGUGGACUGGAGAGGGUGUUGGAAUGAAGGGACUGAUGCGGUGAUGGAUGUGCCGUUGGCGGGGGUCUGUGAGAUUCUCUAUCGGCGUGGUAGUAUGGAUGGGGAUGGCAGUAUAAAGGAUGCUUGA